AUGACCUUCUACAGGGACCUCUAUGACAAUGGGUGCUACUCACCAUUUGGCUAUGAAGAUCUCUACGGUUUUGGGGGUCUGAAUGGCUACCGAUUUGGGAGCCCAUAUGGCUUCUACCGGGACCAGUACCGAUAUGGCAGCCCAUAUGGCUACAGAAGCUUUGGGAACCUCUAUGGGAACAGAGGCUUGAUCGGUUAUGGAGGCUAUUAUGGGUAUGAGGACUCGUAUGGAUUUGGGUAUGGCCACCCCUUUUCUCGUUUUGGGAACAGAUACAACUGCUGA